GCUUUUCUCGCCUCUCAUCAUCUAAACAAUCAUCUUGCUCUUGACCACCACCUUCACUACGAGCGACGAUGUCGCUCCAAGUAAAUCUGUCCAGCCAGGACAUCGCGAAGGCGUAUAACGACGUCCUGAACGCGAAUGGAAUCGACUGGGCGCUGUUCACGUAUGAGAAGGGCACGAAUGAUCUUAAGGUGCAGAGCACGGGGAAUGGGGGGCUGGAAGAGCUGGAAGAGGAAUUCUCGGAUGGAAGGAUACAAUACGCGUUCGCCCGUGUCGUGGAUCCCAAUAGCCAGCUCCCCAAGUUCGUCCAGAUCAAUUGGUGCGGGGACGGCGUGCCCGAGGUCAAGAAGGGACUCUUCCACACGCACUCAAACGCCGUAUCGCGCUUCCUCCGCGGCGCGCACGUCGUCCUUCAAGCUCGCAAUGAGUCCGACGUCGCACCUUCCCUCAUAAUGCAGCGUGUUGAAGCUGCUUCCGGAGCGAAGUACUCCUCUCAUAAGGAGGCCCCGCGCAAGUUUGAGCCCAUCGCGCCUGUCGGGUCGUCCUACAAGCCCGUCGGCCGCCCGGAUAUCGCAGCCAUGAAAGCAGCGCCACCGCCC